CAAAUCGCGGACAUCCGGUUACCGCCAUUUUAGAGAGUGAUCUGCUCUCGGCGUGUUUCUUUGGACUCUCCCGAAUGGUUAGCUAUUUUUCCUGAAAAUCUCGCUAGUAGCUCUUUUAUUUUUCGCAUAACGUACUGCAGUAGGGUUAGUAAUUCAAGAUGAGUUACGGCAGACCUCCACCCGACGUCGAGGGCAUGACAUCUUUAAAAGUCGACAAUCUGACGUACCGCACGUCUCCUGAAACGCUUCGGCGGGUUUUCGAAAAGUACGGCCGGGUCGGGGACGUCUACAUCCCGAGAGACCGGUACACAAAAGAGAGCCGCGGGUUCGCCUUCGUCCGUUUUCAUGAUAAGCGAGACGCGGAAGAUGCAAUGGACGCCAUGGACGGCGCGCUGCUGGACGGGCGCGAACUGCGCGUGCAGAUGGCGCGAUACGGGCGCCCGCCAGAUUCGCAUUACAGCCGCCGCGGAGGCCCGCCGAGGAGGUACGGGGGACAUGGACGGAGAAGCCGAAGCCGUAGUCCUCGGCGCAAGAAGCACAGCAGGUCUAGGUCCAGGAGCAGGAGCCGUUCCCGUAGCAGGUCCCGCUACAGCCGAUCCAGGUCCUACUCCCGAUCUAGGUCCCGUUCCCGCUCCAAAACCCGCACACCACGCAGAAGCAAGUCCAAAUCGGCUUCCAGGUCCCAUUCGAGGUCUAAGUCCAAGUCUCGCUCCAGGAGCCAUACUCCUACUAGAUCCAACAAAGGAUCCAAAUCACGAUCCAGAUCGAGAAGCAGACCCAAAUCUCCAGAGGAUACUGGAGCCACUGCUGAAUCCUUCUAGAUGUCAGCUGGUUGAAUCUUCGAGGAUCGCAUCGAACAGAUGUCCGUCUAAGGAUACCCAAAUUAUCCAUGUAUCAGACCGAAAGGUUAUUGUAAUUUGGUCAAUCUUUUAAAUGAUGAAUUUUUUUUUCUUUUUUUCUUUUCUGUUGCCCACAAUUGUUUUUGUAUCAUACAUUUGAAUUCCAUGUGAUAUUAAAUGAUCUUUAUGCCUAAAUUGGGCUACUAAGUGAAAUCACUUCUCUUCAUUCUUGGUAGUUUGGCUUUUUUUUUCUUUUCUCCCAGACUAAAGUAAGUUCAUUUUAAUCAGUUUUUUGUUUGUAAUAAAUUUAUUAAUGGACAAUUUUGGAUGUUGUGAAUAUUUCUUUGACCUUAAAGGACUGGGUAGAGACUGAAAUUUGGCCACUAAAAAAAUCUUGCUAUGUAAAACCGUGACAUCAUAAAGAUUGCUAACCGAGCAGGUGUUAUGGUUUAAAUGGAAAAUUUCACAACAACAUGAUUCUAAUAUUCUCUCUUGUGUAUUUUCUAUGCACUAGGCGCAGUUGCGUAGCAGUUGAGUUUUGCUGGUUAGCUGUUAAGGUGGCGUGUUGCGGUGCAGAGUGCUUGGCUGUUUCCAGUAUUCUCCUGAUUGCUCCUGUGUAACGCCUUGAUUUGAUUCUUUAAAAUUUGGCUGCAGCAUAUAUUCUUUUUGCAGAAAGUCCUUUUGUGAAUACCUAUAAGGCAGAUAUCUGAGCUUAUUUCACAUCUCCGGAAGUUCUAUAAUUUGUGACAUGCUCACUUAGUCGUAAUUUCCAUGUGAAUGAUAAUAAAGGUUUUCUUUCUCCGAGUAUGGCUGAUUUGAUGUAUACCCAUUUUUUUUAUUUUACUAGUUUGUCAAUGUCUCUUAUGUUUGGUGUAAAGAAGCAAAUUAAAGCUUCCUCAACUGGAAA